AUGGCUUCAGUCGUCUUCCCGGCUAUUGGGACUGGGAAUCUUGGUUUUCCUAAAGAUCUGGUGGCCAGAAUCAUGCUGACAGAAGUCCAGGGACUUAAGCCUACAAAUCUUCGAGAGGUAACCGUGAUUGUACACCCUUCUGACAAGGAGAGUGUAGAGUGCUUUAUCAGCAUCUUUAGACAUGGGAUUCAGGGUCAAACACAUCGACAUGACCUGCCUAAAAAUACAAUUUCUGGUAAAUCAGCUCAGAGAUCUGAUAGUGACAAGAGAAAUUCAAGCAGAAAAUUCUAUAGAUUUUCCAUACAUUUUUUAUGUUUUUCUUUAGAGUUUGGUUGCAAAGUCUUCUCUCCCUCUCUUGGGGUCCAUGUUAUGCAGCUGGAUCAGGUGACUCUGAUGGUUUCAUCAGGAGACAUAACUAAAGAAAAAACUGAUGCCAUUGUCAACUCCUCAAAUCAGACAUUUUCACUGAAAGCAGGAGUAUCCAAGGCCAUUUUAGAUGCUGCUGGAGUACAAGUGGAAAAAGAAUGUUCACAGAUUGUGAGAUCAUCAAACAGGCGGCUAACAGAGAUUGUGACUUCAGCCGGGCGACUUCCAUGUAGAAACAUCAUCCAUGUUAUUGGACGCAACAGUCCAUCUGAAAUUAAGGAUGUUGUUUUUUCUGUUCUGAAGAUAUGUGAGGCACGCCAAAUUACUUCUGUUGCCUUCCCAGCUCUUGGCACUGGUCAAGGAUGUCAAAAUCCAGCUAAUAUUGCAGAUGCAAUGGUUGUUGCAGUUGCUGAAUUUGUGAAGAAAAAGAAACCAGUGCAUGUAAAAUUUUUGAAGUUUCUUAUAUUCCAGACGAAUAUGGUGGAAGACUUUCACCAAAGCAUGAUCAGACAAUCUGAAUCUCCCAGAAAUGAAGAGUUUGUGAUGGUGGUAGAAGAUAUUGAGCCAGCUGUGUUUCAUCUCUGUGGUGAGACACCAAAGGACCUAAGUGAAGCCAGAGACAUGAUCAACAGCAUGAUUAUUGAAAACAAUGCUGAAGACACCUACUGGUCAAGACAGCGUAAAUACAACAAUUCAAGCCAAUAAUGGCUUGAAUGAAACAACAACAUUAUGUAUUUUUCUUUGCUUUAUGUAACACCAUUAUUUACUGUAGUUGUAAUACCACGUAUUAAAAAAAAAAUCAUUUAAUAGGC